CAACGGUUGGUUGCUGAAUGAAAAGCACGUCUGAUGAACCUCUGAUGGACCUCCAAGCCCUCGCACGGCUCCCAGCGUUGACGGUUGCACUCGCCUACCGCCCUACCUGGCCGGGCAUUCGUUCGACCUAUCAACCAAUCGAUUCGCUCAGCGAGACGCCGACCAACGUUUAGACCCAACCUCGGUUUCGGGUCGAAGAAGCUUUCUGUGUUCAGCCUCCCGUCUGUGAAUCCCCAACCGCCAGACCAGCCUGUCCCGGGUUUGUUUGCGGAGGGCUAGCAGAAAGCUUAGGGACAAUCAGGAGUCGGCAUUGAGAGCCGGCGGGUGCUGCCACCAACCACAGCCGCCUGCGUAGGGCCGCCCCGCAGGGCCGGCGCACCUGAGGGUUUCGUCAGGGUCGGCGAGCCGGGAUCAGCGCCCGCGCGUAGGGGGCGAUCAUGCCCGCAUCUUGACUCGCUGGCGCCCACCUCUGCCCUGCCAGCGCCCUGCUACCCGAAACCGUUUCGCGAGACUGAUGCGUCUUGUGUCUGUACAUAUGGCUGACAGCCCGCCUCGCCGGCUCUCAUCAUGUCCGUUUUCAGACCACGAGCCUGGCUGCUCGUUGUCAUCUCCCCUUCAAUUCGUCCAAGCAUUGUUCCAAGACUAAACAUCCCUCCUCCCCCGAGACUUCACCCGAUAACAUCCAGCCCGACGCACGGCCACGGCCAAGCUACAAUACAGCCAUGCUCAGCAAGUUCCGGAGAAGCGUGAUGCCGAAGAACGAGGCGGGGCCGGCAGACAUGACGUACCACGCCCCGUCCCGGCCGGGCGAGCCAUGCCACGCCUGCGGGCGGCCCAUGCCUUCCAUGGCAGAGCUGCCGCCCUCGCCACCCCUGACGGCGUCGCCACCGCCGAGCGUCGGGGACGACUACUACUUUGAGGACAACACCAGGCAGAACGAGGAGGCGUGGUCAUCCCUGAACAACAGCAACCACCACAGCAGCAACAGCAACAACAGCAUCAUCACCACGGCCACCUCCACGCCCGAGGUCGCGCUAGGGCUGCAGUUCCGGCCGCUAGUACGGCAGGGCACGUGGACGUCCAGCAUCUACUCGCCCCAGACCCCUGUCUCCAGCGGCAAGGACGCGGGCUGGUACAGCCGCACCAACAUGGCGCGGUCGGGCCAGGUGCGGCUGCUGAGCACGGCCAUCGAGCGCGUCGACGAGGACAGCGAGUACGCCUUUGACCUGCCCAAGCGCACGCUCAGCAACUACUCGCAGUCGUUUGAGACGCCCGGCAGCCGCGUCGUGUCCAACGACGAGCAGAUGCAGCAGCAGCAGCAGCUCCUGGCGACGCCGCCCACACAGCCGCUGCGCUUCCCGCAGGGCCUGGCCAUCCUGGCCGCGCAGGAGGGCGGCCCGGCUGCGGCGGCGGACGAGGACAUCUCGCCGUCCAAUGUUGAGGCGCCCGCCAACAACCUUACCCGGCCGCCACCCAUGCCGAUGGGGGCGCCGCCGCCGCCGCCACCGCGCUGGAGAAGGCGCACCAUCAGCAGCAUAUUCCACCGGGACUCGAAGCCCUCUUCCAUCAAGAGCCGGGGCAGGAGGUCCAUCUCGUCCCUGUAUUGACCAGUAUCGGGUGGGGGAGGAGCGCUGGCAGCCCCGUAUGCACCUGGCUUACACCACUUAAUGACCUGUCUCCUUUGUCACUCGGCAGUAAUUAGAAGCUCGGCUAGCACAGCUGGAGAGAGAUACCCUUGGCUUGGAACAAAUAUCAUAUCGUAUUUGCAUCGCUUUGCCCUAAAUUCAAAGAAACUUUGACUGUUA